CUUCCUCGUCCAUGGGAAAGUAAUAAUUCAGGGGACAUGGGCUGCUGGAACUGGGUGGGAUGAGCCAAUCAACAAAGACCUAAACCAAAAAUGGCGUAAGUGGGUCGAACUUUUUCCAAAGCUCAAUGAACUGAAGAUAUCCAGAUGCUAUUUCUCCUCGUUCCCGUCCAGCGUAGAUGAUUUGCAAGUGCAUACUUUCGUCGAUGCCAGCGAUAUAGCGUACUGUUGUGCUGUAUAUUUCCGGUUAGUACACAAAGGCCGUGUCCAAACAGCUUUGGUAGGAGCCAAAAGUAAGGUGGCGCCUAUAAAGACACUGUCUACUCCACGGCUCGAGUUGAAGGCUGCCGUCCUUGGAGUACGAUUUGUAGCAGCCAUUCUCGAAUAUCAUUCGUUGCCGGUCUGCAAUCGGUUCUUUUGGAGUGACUCAACUACAGUACUUGCGUGGAUAAGGUCCGAUCACCGAAGAUUCCAUAAGUUUGUGUCGGUGCGCAUAGGAGAGAUUCUAACUUUAAGCGAGCCGCAAGAGUGGAGGUGGGUACCAUCCAAGCUAAACGUUUCCGAUGAUGCGACUAAAUGGAAGGACGGACCAAAUCUUGACUCCAGAAGCACAUGGUUGAAUGGACCCCCAUUCCUACACCUAGAUGAAGUGGCAUGGCCGGAGCAACGGUUCACGACUACAACGCAUGAGGAACUGCGGAGUGUUCAAACUCACUGGAACCGGGAGUCUGUGGUAGAUUAUUCUCGAUUCAACAAUUGGACAAGACUGCAACGCACAAUGGCAUACGUCAUUCGCUUCAUGAACAGCUUGCGACGACGAAACAUUGGACAGAAUUUAAGACCGGAAACGCUCACCCAAGAAGAGUUAUCACGGGCGGAAAUUAUGAUAUGGAAGAUGGCACAAGAGGAAGCAUUUGCAGAGGAGCGAUCUGUGCUGAUAAAAACACUCGGCAUUCCAACGACUAAGCACGCUACAGUUCCUAAAACUAGCCCUAUCUACAAGACUUGGCCCUACAUGGAUGAUCAAGGAAUUGUACGAAUGCGAGGCCGCAUAGAAGCGGCAAACUACCUACCCUUCGAUGCGAGAUACCCAGUAGUUCUUCCAAAGCAACACCCAGUAACAACAUUAAUCGUCGGAUGGUUCCAUCGUCUUUAUCGUCAUGCGAACCGCGAGACGGUAAUUAAUGAACUUCGUCAACGUUUCGAGAUUGCAAAUAUGAGAUCCGUCGUUCAAAAAGUAGCAAAAAAUUGUGCAUGGUGCCGAAUCAACAAAGCCUCUCCAAAAUCGCCGGUGAUGGCGCCUCUCCCUAAGGAACGACUAGAACCGUAUGUGCGACCCUUCACGUACGUCGGGUUAGACUACUUUGGACCAGUGCUUGUCAAAGUAGGCCGUAGUCAAGCAAAACGAUGGAUCGCACUCUUUACGUGCCUGUCCGUCAGAGCCAUUCAUAUGGAAGUAGUCCACAGCCUGUCUACGGAAUCAUGCAUAAUGGCGAUUCGAAGAUUUGUAUCGCGCCGAGGAUCACCUGCUGUAUUCUAUUCGGAUAAUGGCACCUGCUUUCAAGGCGCCAACAAACAACUUCUAGAGGAGAUUGCGGCAAGGAAUGAAGCAAUUGCAUGCACCUUUACGAACGCCGAUACAAAAUGGAAGUUCAUUCCACCUGCCACUCCACAUAUGGGGGGCGUUUGGGAACGCCUGGUAAGGUCGGUGAAGACGGCGAUUGGAUCGGCUCUGGAACAUCCUCGUAAACCCAACGACGAAACUCUAGAGACGAUUAUCUACGAAGCAGAAGCGCUAGUGAAUGCCAGACCGCUCACAUAUAUUCCGUUAGAGUCAGCAGAUCAAGAGUCGUUGACGCCCAAUCAUUUCCUUUUGGGCAGUUCUACGGGCAACAAAAUAGGAACAACCGAAGAGUCUGGAUACGCUAAUCUCCGUAGUAGCUGGAAAAUGGCUCAACAUAUCGUCGGCGAGUUUUGGAAAAGAUGGGUAAAGGAGUAUUUGCCUGUAAUAACACGCCGCAGUAAAUGGUUCGAGGAAUCUAAGGACUUGACGGAAGGAGAUUUGGUUCUUGUAGUGAACGGAACUGGACGGACUCAAUGGAUCAGAGGGCGUAUCGAAAAGAUCUUCGUUGGUAGCGAUGGUAGAACUCGUCAAGCACUUGUAAGAACAGCGAAUGGAGUUUUACGGCGACCUGCCAAUAAGCUAGCGGUGUUGGACGUCGAAGGAGAAUGUGAACCAACGAGACUUCAGGAGUACUCCGGACAUCACUUAGGUUCACGGGCGGGGGUAUGUGCCGUCAACACCCCUCGGUGCAGCGACGCCGCUUGCGGGGAACACUUUCUAACAGGCCGCACAUGAACAACUUGUCAAGUGUGACAAGAUGUGAUAGAAGUGUCAAAGCGAUCGAGACAUGCAAGUCAUCGAAUGUUGAUUUCGUCCUCGUAAGGUCACAAUAUCAGAAAAAUUUGUUAAACAUUUUAAAUACUUAUAAAUUUAUUGGCAAGUCUUAUAUCGAAACUGUGAAUUUGUACUUAAAACUAGUGAUCUGAACUGAAGAAAUUCUAAACGCAGAUUCACAAGGAUUAUCGAUACAAAUACUUAUGAAUUAUCACCUGAACUUGAUUCAAAACUAAAACCUAAGGCAUCUUCGAUACGAUUCCUCUCUAAUCUGUAGUGCGAUCACUAAAAUCGUAAGUUGUUUACAUUUGUUAUCAUAUAACCAUCACCACCAUAAUAAAAUUGAAUUUUGUAGCUUGAAGCUAACACCAUCCAAAACCGUGUUUGCUGUCGAGAUUUAGUGACU